AUGCACCCGCAUACUGCGAACGUUGAAUUCAGAACAGCCUCAAGAUUGUUUGAAGGAAAUCUCGGCCUUACCAGGGGUGCUUCCGAGUCGUAUGAAGCAAGCAAGUCUCCAGGACUCCAGCAUCACACCGGACCACUGCCCGAGAAGUGCAAUCUGUCCAGUGGAACAGGCUAUCUGAGUCCCUGGACUGUAGCCGCCGGGCUCGUCCACGGAUGUUCCCGACUACUCGGCGGCCUUUACGGUGAAACAAACUUCCGCCAAAGAAGUCCUUCCCCGAGGCAGCAGCAGCAGCAGCAGCAGCAGCAGCAGCAGCAACAAGAUCGCCAUCUUCAAAACCAACAUCAUCUCCGCCACCAACCCGUGGGCGAAUCGCUCGACUAUAACAGUGAACCCCAAUCCCAGCGGUAUUCUUAUGUUGAUAACGAGGCAUACGACCAAGGCUACGCUCACUCUCACGCUGCCCACACAGUUCAGCAUACUUCCAAUUAUCAGAAUCUGCAACCGAAUGACCCAAAUUUCAUCCCUGGACUAGCUAUCACCUCCUAUUCACCAACUGUUUCCCAGCCUUCUCCAAAUUACUCUCGACGACCGACGCUGAACCUGAUUCCAUCCGCUGCAAGUGGAUUUUAUUCUCCCGAUACCUCCACAAACCCCGAAGUCAGCUCGUCCGAUUUGUCGUGGACCCCUCAUAGCCCUGAGACAUAUCCUCCCCUAGAAUCCCUUCCGAAGAAGUCGAGAAGAAGCAUUUUCGGCUUUUCAUCUUCCAAGGACUCUACGACACCUGCGCCCAAAGUGGUGGGUCGAAACCUCUCUGUGCGAAAGAAGGAUAAAGCACAGACAAGUGGGCCGCAAAACACUCCAGACAGGCAAUCUGCUGAGCCCACUCCGGAGUUGUUUGAAGAGCCGGCAGCUGGAACCCGUAUGCCACUCUCGAAAAAGCCCCCACAACCAUAUAUCCAGCAGCAACAUUUCUCUUACCCUUCUACAACCGCCAAUCCAUCAUCUUCUCACGUUGAAACUCCGUCAUUCGACCAGCGUCCAGAAAAUCGUUCUGUUCAACGCGUGAAUACUGAUACACUGUCCAGCCAAGAAUCCAUCUACACGCAACGAGAAUCUAGUGACUCGUUCCAAGCGAAUCCAUUCUCAGAAGUCCAGCAGUCUGCACCUCGCAACCCUCAGUUCCAUAUUAGCUACCCAACACGACGUGACUCGAUUGCUGACUUUACGGAGCCAACUCUUGAACCACCCCAUUAUUCUUCUCAGUCAGAAUCCCUCCUUACCGCUCGACCAUCCUCACAGCAGUCUGGAGGCCCGCCUCCCUCCCCGCUCCACCAAUAUCAAACUACUGAACCAAGCCAACAGAAACCGUCUUUCCGCCAGAACGCCCAGCCAUCCGCCGGGCUUGCUCAAACUCAGGGCAGCAUGCCGCCGGACAGACAAACGGGAUUGCGGCAGCAGGUUGACUCUACUCCUCAGCAUGGAGGGCAAGGUCGAGAGGGCAUAGGCAGUGGCCAAUCCCAAUAUCCACCAAAUCUAGCCCAGGGCGGCAGCUUCAAAGGGAACCAUUCUCAGCAAAGCCUGGGAGACCAAGAUCGGCAAACGCCACCGCCAGCUAAUAAUGGUAAUAAUAGUAAUAAAGGCCGCGAAGACCAUUCAGAAGCAGAAGUCCGUGCGUUGGUGCAAAAACACGAGGAACUCCAAGCCAAAUAUCUGAAAGUUAAAAAGUAUUAUUUUGAGAAGGAUGCUCAGGUUCAACUACUCCAGAAUACAGUUGCUCAUCAGCGGAUGGCUACAUCUCGCACGGUCCUUGAUGACAGCGAAUAUAUGACUCGAUUCUCCCGGCUGGAUGGCGCAAUCAACAAUCUUUCUUUCAACAUUCGCAAGGAGUGGAGGAACAUUCCGAUUUGGCUCCAAGGCUUCGUUAACGAAGAUGCUGUUGCUGUCGGCACCAAAGAAAUGACGGCAGCUGGACGUGCAUAUGUUAGUCGAUGGCUGGUCGAUGAAAUAUUUGACCGGCUUUUCCAUCCGGGCCUGGAGCUGAAUCUUUCCCGCACGUUAAAAAUGAUUGAGCACAAUGUACGGCGCGGGGCUAAAAUAGCCUCCGAUGAGGAUAGAGAGAACCAUCUUUCCAAGUUGUCAGCCUGGCGCAGGACCACGUUGGAUGGAUUGGGCGAGAUAUUUCAGAGCCGGGCCGCGGAGGAGAAUAGAUCGCAGUUAAUCAAAAACCUCGUCGAGAAGCUCACGGCGUCCUUGGAAAUGCAUUUAAAAACCCCACCGCCACCGGGCCUCGAGAACGGUGUCUCCAUGAUCGUUGAGCUUGCCGUUGGCAUCUCUGCAAAUAUCCCCUUUGAAUCGAGAGAGAUCGCGAUAGAGUACUUCCUCCCCGGCUCUCCGAUAUCAGAUACCUACAUGAAAUUAGAGGUAUCACUUCCUCCACUAGUCGGGCUACCCGAGCCUCAAGCUGCUGUCGAUCGAAUAGAGCAAGGUUCCCCGACGAAAGGCAUGAAAGCCAGUGUUGCAGCGGAGAGUUCUUCCCUGCUGGAGGUGGACAGGGACAACGGGAAGGACUCCUCGUCCUCCUCCACCGCCCAAUCUGGCCAAUCACCCGUGCCGCCUGCACAGCCCAAGGAGCCAAGGAAGAAAUCGAUAUUUGAGUCGCUGAUGAGCAAAAAGCCGCAUUCCAGCAGUUCCGGAGGUGCGGCCCAGGGACAAUCUGAGCAACAAACUCGACCUGCCUCUGCUCUCACGCGUGAAAAGGAGCGGGAGGAGGCGGAGUUUAGAGAAGGUGACAAUGGCACCAAUGCGAACGCCGGAACUAAUCAACACAGCCGUAUUAGAUUUGCGGCGUUUGUUGCUGUGGAGGUGAGGAGCAAGGGAGUAGGCAAUGUUAUUGUCCAGGCACCCGUCUAUGGAGUAAUGUGA